AUGCCCUAUUUCAAUGAAAGUAUGGACAGCGGCGCUAGAAAUAAAAGAAUCCAUGAAAACAAGGUUAGCACUGGUAAGGAAAUCGCAGACUUCAUCAAAAGCUACAUAAAAAAGAUUUCUGGUUUUGAGCAAAAGAAAACAGGGAAAAGAGAUUAUAGUAGAAAAUGGCAGCGCCCACCUCAUAAUUUUUUCAAGAUUAACUUCGACGGUGCGUUCAAUGAGAGGCAGAACAAGUCGGCAUCAGGUAUAGUAGCCAGGAAUCAGGAAGGAAGAGUCCUAGUAUCACGCUUAGAGCUUCAUCACGGGAUUACCUCAGUUUUUACUGCUGAAGCAAUAGCAUGUUGGAAAGCAGUUCAAACAAGGCAUUCAAUCAUUAUAGAAGGAGAUUCCCUCACAAUAAUCAGAAAAUGUAGAACCCAAGAUCAGGAUCGGUCAUUGAUAGCGACAUAUAUCCAUGAUAUACAGCAGGAGAAUAAAAAAGCGAACAUAAUCAGAUUCAAUCACACACCGAGACAAACGAAUACCCUCGCUCAUACCAUCGCAACUGAAACUCUAAAGAGGAAAGAGGAAGUAUACUUGGAAAUGAAAGUCCCUACUUAUGCUGAAGACCAAGCGAGGCGUGAAUGGGAACGGGAACCAGAUUGA